CAAAAUUUCCCCACAGGUGUUUGCAGAAGGACUUUGCACCCUUGAGGGUCACCCAGCCAACUUUGAAGCCACUCUUUCAGUCCUGCCUUUGAGUACGUGUAAGUAAAAACAGAGUUUGCGUCUGCCAAGUAGAGGGCCUUCAGAAGACCUACUGCGCCAGCGAUGCCCUCCUAGCCAGCCGCCCAGGAAUGGAGGGCUUCAUGGACUCAGGGACACAGACAGACGCCGUUGUGGUGCUGUCCUUGGCUCAGGCCGCUGUGCUGGGCCUGGUCUCGGAAAAUGAGCUCUUCGGGGCCACCAUAAGCGCUGAAGCCUUCUACCCGGACCUGGGGCCCGAGCUGUCCAGGGCUCCCGUCGGGGCACCUGGGCCCCCGGGCCCCGACGUCUACCCACUGGCCUGCAACGGGCGGGCCCUGGAGGAGCCGGCGGAGGAGGAGGUGCUGGAGGUGGAGGCGGCCUUCGAGAAGCACACCCGGCGGAAGACGCGGCCGCCCGUGCGGCUGGUGCCCAAGGUCAAGUUUGAGAAGGUGGAGGAGGAGGAGGAGCAGGAGGUCUAUGAGGUGUCCGUGCCCGGCGAUGACAAGGACGCAGGCCCGGCAGAGGCGCCAGCCGAGGUGGCGGGUGGUGGCUGCGAGUCGCUGGUGCAGAGCAGCGCCGUCAAAAUGAUCGACCUCAGCGCCUUCAGCCGCAAGCCCCGGACGCUGCGGCCCCUGCCCCGGGCCCCGCGGCCGGAGCUCGACGUGGCCCCCUACGACCCCCACUUCCCCGACCCAGCCCGGGAUGGCUUCCCGGAGCCCGGCAUGGCGCUGCCUGGACCCGAGGCCUUGCCAGCGGAGUGUGGUUUCGAGCCGCCCCCACUGGCGCCCCUGAGCGACCCCGAGGCCCCCACCAUGGAAUCCCCUGAGCCCGUGAAGCCCGAGCAGGGCUUCGUGUGGCAGGAGGCGGGCGAGUUCGAGGCGGACGCAGCAGGCUCCACGGUGGAGCGCCACAAGAAGGCCCAGCUGGACCGGCUGGAUAUCAACGUGCAGAUCGACGACUCCUACCUGGUGGAGGCGGGCGACCGCCAGAAACGCUGGCAGUGCCGCAUGUGCGAGAAGUCCUACACGUCCAAGUACAACCUGGUGACACACAUUCUGGGCCACAACGGCAUCAAGCCACACUCGUGCCCGCACUGCAGCAAGCUCUUCAAGCAGCCCAGCCACCUGCAGACGCACCUGCUGACACACCAGGGCACCCGGCCCCACAAGUGCCAGGUGUGCCACAAGGCCUUCACGCAGACCAGCCACCUCAAGCGCCACAUGCUGCUGCACUCGGAGGUCAAGCCCUACAGCUGCCACUUCUGCGGCCGUGGCUUUGCUUACCCCAGUGAGCUCAAGGCCCACGAGGUGAAGCACGAGAGCGGCCGCUGCCACGUCUGCGUCGAGUGCGGACUGGACUUCUCCACCCUGACCCAGCUCAAGCGCCACCUGGCCUCCCACCAGGGCCCCACCCUCUACCAGUGCCUCGAGUGCGACAAGUCCUUCCACUACCGCAGCCAGCUGCAGAACCACAUGCUCAAGCACCAGAACGUGCGGCCCUUUGUGUGCACCGAGUGCGGCAUGGAGUUCAGCCAGAUCCACCACCUCAAGCAGCACUCGCUCACCCACAAGGGCGUGAAGGAGUUCAAGUGCGAGGUGUGUGGCCGGGAGUUCACGCUGCAGGCAAACAUGAAGCGGCACAUGCUGAUCCAUACCAGCGUUCGGCCCUACCAGUGUCACAUCUGCUUCAAGACCUUUGUACAGAAGCAGACCCUCAAGACCCACAUGAUUGUACACUCACCGGUGAAGCCAUUCAAGUGCAAGGUGUGCGGGAAGUCCUUCAACCGCAUGUACAACCUGCUGGGCCACAUGCACCUGCACGCGGGCAGCAAACCCUUCAAGUGCCCCUACUGCUCCAGCAAGUUUAACCUCAAGGGCAACCUGAGCCGGCACAUGAAGGUCAAGCACGGCGUCAUGGACAUUGGCCUGGACAGCCAAGACCCCAUGAUGGAGCUGACAGGCACCGACCCUUCUGAGCUGGACGGCCAGCAGGAGAUGGAGGACUUCGAGGAGAGCGCCUAUGCCUACGCCGGCGUGGACAGCGGGGCCGAGGCCAGCGUCCUGACCGAGCAGGCCAUGAAGGAGAUGGCCUACUACAACGUGCUAUAGCCCAU